GUGCCUGGGUUGUUCCCCACGGGCCAUGGGCAAUGACGGUCCUGAUCGGACAGACCUUACAGAACAUGAUGGAUGGAGGUUCUGACCUAUGGGACCUGAUGGGUCCCUACCUCAGUGUACCCUAUGGGACACCAGGGUCUGGGCUGGAAUCCACAGAGGAGUUCUGUGGAACCUCUUGAGACAAGAUUCUCACUGAACAAACCAAAUAGGACAUGAGGGUUUGGGUUGAAGGCGCCUUGUGGGAGGUUCUGACUUGCACAUCCACGUGAAGAGACGGGCUCCUCAAGAAUAAAACAUGAAAUUCUUGGCUGAGGUCCGCCGAGGCGGGGAUCUGAUCGACGGGCAUCUUGGGGAUAACGGGUCGGGAUUAGGCUAGUUCCACGGAGGAGAGACAGGGUCCUAACAGCUGCACAAGGACCGGAGUCCCGCUCGCGUGGGUUGGAUGCAGGGGACAGACCCCUUGGCUGCGCUGAACCUGCGGCCCUGAGCCUUGCGCUGGGUGGCGCAGGCGGCCUCAUCGCCCCUCCUCUCCCGGGGGCCGGGCCGGGGGCGGUGCUUGGCAGCGCCGCGGGCUCAGUGGCGGGGGCUCAGUCGCCCGGGCGGCGGGCGGCGGGCGGCGGGACGCACCGGGCCAGGGGCCGGAGAGGUACCCGCCAACGCCAUGGACCUGAUAUCAGCGCUGAGCCUGGGAGAGCUAGCGCUCAGCUUCUCACGGGUGCCGCUCUUCCCGGUCUUCGACCUUAGUUACUUCAUCGUCUCCAUCAUUUACCUGAAGUAUGAGCCAGGAGCUGUGGAGCUGUCCCGGCGCCACCCGGUGGCCUCCUGGCUGUGUGCCAUGUUGCACUGUUUUGGGAGUUACAUCCUGGCUGACUUGCUCCUCGGGGAGCCCAUCAUUGACUACUUCAGCAACAGCUCCAGCAUCCUGCUGGCCUCUGCGGUGUGGUACUUGAUUUUCUUCUGUCCCUUGGACCUCUUCUACAAGUGUGUCUGCUUCCUGCCCGUGAAACUCAUCUUCGUGGCCAUGAAGGAGGUGGUGAGGGUUCGGAAGAUUGCUGUGGGCAUCCACCAUGCACACCACCACUACCACCACGGGUGGUUCAUCAUGAUCGCCACCGGCUGGGUCAAAGGCUCUGGUGUUGCCCUCCUGUCCAACCUGGAGCAGCUGCUUCGAGGAGUCUGGAAACCGGAAACCAAUGAGAUCCUGCACAUGUCCUUCCCCACCAAAGCCAGCCUGUACGGAGCCAUUCUGUUCACCCUGCAGCAGACACGCUGGCUCCCCGUGUCCAAGGCCAGCCUCAUCUUCGUCUUCACGAUGUUCAUGGUGUCGUGUAAGGUGUUCCUGACGGCCACUCACUCCCACAGUUCUCCAUUUGAUGUCCUGGAGGGCUACAUCUGCCCAGUACUGUUUGGGGCAGCUUGGGGAAGUGACCAUCACCAUGACAACCACGGAGCACCACAUGGCGGAGGCCUCGGCACCCAGCAUGCAGGCCUGCCUGCCAAGGUCAGGGAGGAGCUGAGUGAAGGCUCCAGAAAGAAGAAGACCAAGAAGGCGGAUUAAGGAGCAGCCCCAGGCAUCCACGGGAUGUUGGGGAGAAGGGUGUGGACUCAGGGAACCUCAGAACUUAGGGGCAUACAGAACUCAAGAGCUCCCCUCCACCAGCCUCUACUUCCCUCUCUGCGGUUUGGAGCCAUCAGCUGCUCACAGGGCUGAUGCAGGGCUGAGAUGUGAGGGUAGAGGAGUUGGGAAGGAGUGAGAAGCCCUGCUUUCUGCUAGACCCCCUCAUGACAUCACAGCCUUGGGGUCACACCAUCUUCACAGUGCCAGCCGCGGAAGCCCUGACCUGUCGACUCUUGGUUUUCUUUCUUUGUUCUUUCAAAAUAUAUCUUGUAACCAAAAGCCACAUGGAGCCUCAGUUAGCCAAGUUUCUCCCAAGGACAUGCUGGGGUGCCCCGUUCUUUCCAGCCAGGACCUCCCUGUGACUCCUUCUGGGCAUCUUGGGACAAUUACCUCCUCUGAGCCUCCUGCCUCCUCUCAGUAGAAUGGAGAGCCCAGGUCUUCCUGUGUCCAGAGGGCAGAGAAUGUCAGGUUUCCUAAGCAGCAUGCUGUGGCCAGGGAGCCUGCGUGAAGGAAGGCGCCGUGUGCUUUGUACGUUAGGCCUAGGCUGUUUGUGUUUGGGCCCAGAAGGUCUCACAAGUUACUCCACUGAGCAGACAGAUCCAGGGAUAAUCAUAAGCAAAAGAAAGGGAGCCACCUUCAUGCAGGGCAGAAUGCCCAAGAGCCUUGUGCACUCGUAACUGAGCCCUGGACACAGCAGGUGUUCCUCAUGCCAAUCAGCAUCGUUCAUUCAUUCAGUCAACAAACAUGGAUCCACACCUGCACCGUGUACCGUGUUGUGCUGCUGCUGGGACGGAGUGGGCCUUGGACAGGGCUAGGGCUGUGGUAGCCAAAGUCACCAGGACGUCUGGGAGAGGGAGAGUGGGGCACGGCUGGGCUCAGGCUUCUGGAAGUACCCCGUGUUGCCUUUUUGCGAGAAAGCAUCUUCUCAUGGCAGUGCCCGGAGGUAGGGUAGGACCUGAGCCUGGAAGCUCCUGGGUUUCCCCCUCCUGGUGUCAAUCAAAGCUCGGUGUGAGUGAUCAGACAAUAAAUGUGGGAGUGAACCAA